AUGGGGUCUUGGCCGGGUCGGAUGAAGGAUCCAAAUCCAACCUACAAAGGGAGGAGGAAAGGGGACAUUCGGCCCUCUAGCACUGUGGAGCUGGAUCUCCAUGCCGAUCCACUGGGUCCAGGUCCAGGCACCACGUCGUUCUUAAGCUUUCCCCACAGGAGGUUAUCUCAACCUGGUAUCUCGGGAGGUCACGAUGAUCAUGCAAAGCGCAACAGUAUCGUGAGCAGACUCUUGCACGGUCUAGCCGGUUCUCAUACCGAUUCCUUUAGGGACACGGAUGCUGAUGUUUUGCCAUCUCCAACAAACCCAACAGAGCAUUCAGAGGAUCUACAGGAGGACCGGGGACAGGAUUGGAAGUCGCAAGCUUCCCACCAGCCCAGCGAAGCUCGCGACCAUGUGCCGCUACUUGAACCCAGGACCGCAAGUGGGCGCCUGAUCGAACAAUUAGAGGAUGUCUCUGCUAGACGGCUUCGGGCGCGAGAAAUGCGCGUUGCUCUACGCUACAAGCGAGAAGAUGAGGGAAAGCAUCGAGCCGCGCUGAUGAAGAGACUUAACUCGCUUCUUGCGCAAGAUCACCAGCUCGUCGACCUGAUUGAAGGGCUCGAGUCGGCCACGGAAUCUUACUUGGACCUGGAGCAAGCAUAUCAUCGGACGGAAGACGAGCUGGAUCAAGAUGAGUAUGUGCUCAUCCAGUCUAUGCAGCGGUUCGCGAAAUCAUUGCGUGAGUCGCCACCAGGACUAUCAAAGGUAACCCUUCAAGCUGAAAGCAACGCCUCCGAUGAUAGCGCACGCUCGUUCCAUGAUGAGCCUCUGGAAUACCCACCUCCUGUGUAUGAUUACCUCUCACGAGUGGGAGAUGCGCGGAUACUACAAGAGCGCUUGGCGGAGCUUGAUUCACAAUGGUACACCAUUGUUGACAAACAAAGGCUGCGAAGCUCGCUCAAUAUCUCUUUGGAUGAGGAGUCUCUACAAUUCCUGCGGUCAUACGAUGGGGCAAGGACGCAAAUCCGGAAGGAACUCCACCAGACAAUGCUGGACGUUGUCCGUCUCCGGGCUAUCUGCGACGAACGAGGGCUCCGGACCGAAGAAUACACCGGAGACAUGGAUUUCUUAUAUGGAAUGGGCCUUGAAGAAGUUGCAUCCCAACCCGAAGAUCCUCUGAAGACGUCUGCUAUUGACGACUCUUCCCCUUCUACGAGGCUGGAGAUCUCGCGUCUCAAAGCUGCCCCAGAACUUCGGCAGUUGUCGGAUGAAGGGUGGGAUGAUGCGAAUAUCAGUCGCUUGGCCCUGACGGUGUGGUUCUCGGACGAUACAGUCCGAAACUCUCCGCAGACUUUAUCCCAAGCCGAUGAUUAUGAUUACACGGGCGCUACCGAGAGAAGCAAGGCCACCAGACCUCGGCUACAGAAAAGCAAGUCUGAGCCCGGCAUUACUCCCAAAAAGAGAGGCUCCUGCGCAUCACCUCUGCGCACUCUAUCGCUCUAA